AUGCCUCCGCGGGAGCUGGCUGAGCCGGAGCCGCCUCCGGUCCGGGCCCCGACCCCUCCCCCGCGGCGGGGCAGCGCGCCCCCGGAGCUGGGCAUCAAGUGCGUGCUGGUGGGCGACGGGGCGGUGGGCAAGAGCAGCCUCAUCGUCAGCUACACCUGCAAUGGGUACCCCGCCUGCUAUCGGCCCACGGCGCUGGACACCUUCUCCGUACAAGUCUUGGUGGAUGGAGCCCCAGUCCGGAUUGAGCUCUGGGACACAGCUGGACAGGAGGACUUCGACCGCCUUAGAUCCCUCUGUUACCCAGACACAGAUGUCUUCCUGGCCUGCUUCAGUGUCGUGCAGCCUGGCUCCUUCCAAAACAUCACAGAGAAGUGGCUGCCUGAGAUUCGAACCCACAACCCCCAGGCUCCUGUUUUGCUAGUGGGCACUCAGGCUGAUUUGCGGGAUGAUGUUAAUGUACUGAUCCAGUUGGACCAAGGGGGUCGGGAAACACCUGUGCCUCAUCCGCAGGCUCAGGGCUUGGCUGAAAAGAUCCGAGCCCGGGGGUACCUGGAAUGCUCUGCUCUGACUCAAAAGAACUUGAAGGAGGUGUUCGAUGCAGCUAUUCUCAGUGCCAUCGAGCACAAGGCCAGACUGGAGAAGAAGCUCAAUGCCAAGGGCGUCCGGACGCUCUCCCGGUGCAGAUGGAAGAAAUUCUUCUGCUUUGUUUGAGCCCCUGUAGUGGGGAGGGGAGCAGGAGGCUAGAAAUGCCUGGAACCGUGGGGCUGUGGGAGACCUUGGAGCUGCUGGCAGGAGCAGAGCCUAGGUCACCUUCAGGUGUUGUGGACCUUUCCUGGUAAUUGUAGGAACAGAGAGCCGUUAACUGCUCACUUUAUCGUACCUAUUUGGGACUAAGACCUGUAGGAGGGAAGGUGCCUGGAGUCUGCUUCUGAGGACCAGUUCACCCUUUAGAAAGCAGCCUAUUCCUUCAGGUGACUAACAUAGCCAAUAGCCCUAAUUCAAUGGGGUUUUCCAGCAUGGGCCUGCAAGCCAAUACAAUUCUGAACAAGGAAGAGUCCUUGCUUGGGUUCCCUCCAGGAAAAUGUCAGAGUCCCUUGUGGCCCACAGAUUCUGGCACAAGGAAGGAAGAACAUCUUAGCACCCUGAACUCAUCCAAGAGGGCAGCUAGCUGAAAAUAAGAAGUGUUUACCAUAGGAGAAGGCUCUGAGGAACCUUGGGCAAGGUUUUGUAGCGGAGGAGAGAGCUUUAGAAAAGAGACUGGAAGGAAGGUACUAGAAUGAUGGGACAAGGCAGGCAUGGUAGGAGUAAGGAGAAAGAGAUCUGAGAAGAACAGGCUGGUAGAGAAUGAGAAGAUGGGAAAUUGGGAGAGAUCCUACAAUGGAACAGAGAUCUUUGGGAACAAGACCUUCUGGGAUGAGA